AUGUCUACUAAGACGCUCAAGAUAGCAGUUAUUGCAGGUGAUGGCAUUGGCCUAGAAGUCAUGCCAUGGGGUAUCAGGUGUCUUCAAGCAGCAGCCAAGAUCUACAACCUUUCACUAGAAUUUUCUGAGUUUGAUUUCGCGUCUUGCGAAUACUACAAGAAGCAUGGCAAGAUGCUGCCAGACGACUGGAAGGAGCAAUUGUCUGGCUUUGACGCACUGUACUUUGGCGCUGUGGGAUUACCAGAUGUUGUCCCUGAUCACGUCUCUCUGUGGGGCUCUCUGCUUCAGUUUCGAAGGGAGUUUGAUCAAUACAUCAACCUGCGACCGUGCAGGCUAAUGCCGGGCGUUCGAUGUCCGCUCGCAAACCGGAAGCCAGGAGAUAUUGAUUUUUGGAUCGUGCGAGAGAACACCGAAGGUGAAUACUCCAGUGUUGGUGGUAAGAUGUUCCCAGGUACGGAUCGAGAGAUUGUCAUACAGGAGACAGUCAUGACACGGACUGGGGUUGAUCGAGUAUUGAAAUAUGCCUUUGAACUCGCACAGAGCAGGCCGAAGAAGCAUCUCACAUCCGCCACGAAAUCGAACGGUAUUGCGAUCACCAUGCCCUACUGGGAUGAACGAGUAGCCGAAAUGAGCCAGUCAUACAAAGACGUGAACGUGGACAAAUUUCACAUCGACAUCCUGACAGCUCACUUUGUACAACGGCCAAACCACUUCGACGUCGUUGUUGGAUCCAACCUUUUCGGCGACAUCCUGUCUGAUCUUGGUCCAGCUUGUACAGGCACAAUCGGCAUAGCACCAUCAGGCAACAUUAACCCAACAGGCAAAUUCCCAUCACUCUUUGAGCCUGUGCACGGGUCAGCGCCGGAUAUCAUGGGCAAGGGUAUAGCCAAUCCUGUAGGCAUGAUCUGGGCUGGUCAGAUGAUGCUGGAGCACUUUGGGUACAAGGAGGCUUCGGCAGCUAUGCUCAAGUCAAUAGAAAACGUGCUGUCCAAGGGUGGUGAUGCAGUCAUUACGGGUGAUAUGGGUGGACGUGGUAACACGAAGACUUUUGGUGAGGCGGUCGAGCAGGAUAUUCUGGCUGGCAGCAAAUGA